ACUCUCUUCCCCACAAUCUCCCCCACGCCUGGCAACAUGUCCCUCCCCCCUCACGCGUUCCAUAAGAAGUCUGCAGGCGAGGAUGACCGAGCCGGGGGGCGCCCUUUGACACCGCUGGGACGAAUCUCCAAGCUUUCUCGCAAGUUUUCCUAUGCCAAAAUCCGUGGAAGGUCUGGAGAGAAAGCGGCCUCGAACCCCAUUAAAGUGCCUUCCGGCACGACUUCCAUCACGACUUCCGGCACGACUUCCGGCACGGCUCCUCGCCGAACUCUUGCUGGAAAUCGGGAACCAGCCUAUCCCCCGUGGGAACGCAGCAUGGACGUAUCGUGGGAGAAGGACCCAGACGUGACGUGGUGCGACUUGAGGCAGCUCGUGGCGUUCAAGCUCUCGCUGGCCAAAUUCAUCAAAGACAGCGACCAUCUCAUGACGCGCAACAUGGUUAGCACGCCAUAUCUCCGGCUCCCUGACGCCGUCCGCUUUCGAAUCUGCAAGUACCUCGUCGGAGACGGCGAGAAUAAGGCGAUCCGCAUGAACCCCAUCGGCGCCUUCAGGCCCGCCUGGCCCGAGCAGUACUUCGAGAGUAUGCAGAGCGUUCUCGAGUCGCUUGAGCGUUACACCUCGGUGUCCUCGGGAUUCCGCGCCGACAUCCUUGUCACGCUCUUCACGACGCGCCACUUCCAUGUAGUGUGGUCGCCAUACGUGAUGCCACUCACAAGCCCGGCAGCGGUAUACUACAUGAGGAAGUAUUCUGGCCUGAUGCAGCAUGUCACGCUGGAGUUUGACUUCGCCAAGCUAGGAUUCGGCGCCGAGCCAGGUGCGCAUGAGCUCAGACCUGGGAUACAGAACAUGUAUCCCCGGGUUGACGAGUUCAUCGACGCACAGAAGGAACGGGAGGAGUUAUCGACGCUGUUCAGCGUGCGAAUCCUUGUGCGGCGCUACCAUGGCAGACGGAAAGUAGAGGGGGUGGCUAGGGGUGAGGAAGGAGAAGGUACAGGAUCUCACUGCACCGACAAGCACUUGAAGGUUCUGGAUUCACUCAAAUGCCUCGGCGGGAUUGUGGAACGGGCGCGCAUCGUCGGCUGCAGCGAGGAGUACACAAACGACCUCAUCCGCUACUUCUGGGUGGACAUGCCCCAGGAUGAGAAGGAGUGGAUAAAGCAUUGUGGUAGGAUUGCGCCCUCGACGCUGUACCCGCUUCUCCCAGGACAGUCAUCGUACCUCGACUACGGCCCGGGUAGGGGCCGUCACAUUGUGAAGCACCCUGCCACGUUCAUUGGCCCCUAUGGCGUCGAGAUCGGCGAGGCUGCAGUGGAUCGAAGGCACCCUGCCCUUGGCGGAAUCAUCGAGGGAUAGGUAACCGGCUGCUCAUCCGAUGAUGGCAGAGGGGACCCCUUUGGGAAAUGCGGGUGGUGCGAGGGGUAAAGGGGGGAAUGGGGAUAAUAGGGACAUUAUGACUUUGCAAUGAAAUACAGUAACUGAAGGAUUUACGACAGAUCCUCUCAAUAUGUGAACAGCAGUUCAUACGGAUACGAAUGGAAUCAGAAUGUCUGAUGUCGUU